AUGGUGAACGCAAGCUCUACAUCACCUCCUUUCAGUAGAAAGGAGAGCACUGUGGAAUACAACAUCACAAGAGAUUUUGAUGAUUUUCAAGUGUACGAUUGGCCUAUCUGCAUAUUAACUGCCCUCUCCUGCCUGUGCGGACUGGUGGGGAAUAGCCUGGUCAUCUGGCUCCUCGGCUUCUGCAUUAAAAGGAACCCUUUGACAACAUACAUCUUGAACCUGGCCAUAGCUGACUUUGGCACCCUUUUGGGUUUGUCUACUAGAUUUAUAUUUGAGUGUAUAAUACCUUAUCCAGAUUUAAGUGUUGCCUUUCCAAUCGUGUAUGCAUUCAUUUUAUUCACAUAUUGCUCAAGCUUGUAUCUCCUGACAGCCAUCAGCCUGGAGAGAUGUCUCUCUGUCCUGUUUCCAAUCUGGUACCGAUGCCAUCGACCAGAGAAGUCUUCUGCCGUGGUCUCCUCCUUCAUGUGGAUCAUUUCUGGCUUACUUGCUGGAAUGAUGUUGGUAUCAGAGGUAUAUUUAUCUCUGGAAAGUCUUUUAAAAGCGGUGAACACUAUGUUUGGUGUCAACCUUCUGAUUUUCACUCCCAUGUUGGUUGCUUCCACUCUGAUAAUGUCCAUCAAGAUCUGCCGUAGUUCACAGAGACGUCAGCCACCCAGGCUGUACACCGCCAUUUUAGUCACCCUCCUGUUCUUCAUUAUAUUCGCCAUUCCAUUAAGUGCCUCUCACCUCAUCGUUCUCAAUACUGACUACUUUUCCUCUACUGGCUGGGAAAGUGCAUUCCUCUUUGCCUCUUUCAACAGCAGCAUUAACCCCAUCAUAUACUAUUUUGUAGGAAGAGACAGGAAAAAAUGCAGGGAGUCCUUGAAGGUUGUACUCAAAAGAGUAUUCAGGGAUGAAGCAAUUUCUCAAGGCGGGGCUUAG